CAAGUAAAUAUGGCCGUCGUCAGACUCUUUAGCUGACAUUAAACUUUUUUUUUUCCGUCGAGUGUCUUUUAAGAUUUGCAGAUUUCCUGGAGUCACAUAAAGGCCAUUAAGUGAUAUUGUACACAUAUUAGAUUAUAUAUUUUGUUUAUUUUUAAAUUAAGCGUUAGUUGUUAUUUAUUUAGCCAAAAUAUCGUUAGCUUGUGUUUACAUGCUAGCCCGGCUAAUCCAGCUGUGUGUGAGAAUCAAAGCGCAUCUGAGUGAAUCUUCUGGUCGAUAAAUCGCUGAUUAUUUUUUAAAGAAAUGCGAAUUUGAGAUGGUUCAGUUGUUUUUGGUGAAGCGGUGAUACCUGGCGGCGUUACCAUACGGAUCACCUGGGAACAGUUUGGUCAUGAGUGCCCCCUGAGUACCCCCCCAGGUGUGCUAAAAUGGCCGGUGAGCUUUAUGCUGCUAAGAAGUUGCCCUCUGUGGCGGCGACGGCUACGGCGGUGCAGCAGUACCAACAGCAGAACAUCAGCAACAACAACACAGUUCAGGGCUGCAACUGGCAAGGUCUCUAUCCCACCAUCAGAGAGAGAAACGCAGUCAUGUUCAACAACGAGCUGAUGGCAGACGUACACUUCGUGGUCGGCCCUCCCGGGGGCACACAAAGAGUCCCGGGGCACAAGUACAUCCUGGCUGUCGGGAGCUCUGUGUUCUAUGCCAUGUUCUACGGGGAGCUGGCAGAGGAUAAGGAUGAGAUCCGCAUCCCAGACGUGGAGCCACAUUCCUUCCUGGCCAUGCUCAAAUACAUCUACUGUGAUGAGAUAGACCUGUGUGCGGACACUGUUCUGGCUACGCUGUACGCUGCCAAGAAGUACAUGGUUCCUCACCUGGCACGUGCCUGCGUGGCGUUCCUGGAGACCAGCCUGAGCGCACGCAACGCCUGUGUGCUGCUGUCACAGAGCUGCCUGUUCGAAGAGCCGGAGCUGACGCGCCGUUGCUGGCAGGUGAUCGACGCCCAGGCUGAGCUUGCUCUGCGCUCUGACGCCUUCUGUGAUAUCGAUCUGCGUACGCUGGAGAGCAUCCUACGGCGCGAAACUCUCAACGCGAGCGAGACAGUCGUUCUGGAGGCGGCGCUCAGCUGGGCAGAGGCCGAGUGCCAACGGCGUGAACUGCAACCAACUGUCGAAAACAAGAGGUUGGUGCUGGGCGACGCUCUGUACCUCAUCCGUGUCCCAGCAAUGUCACUGGAUGAGUUCGCCAAUGGUGCGGCGCAGUGCGGCCUGCUCACGCUAGCUGAGACCAACGCCGUCUUCCUGUGGCACACGGCAGCUAACAAACCUGAGCUGCCCUUCGUCAGCCAGCCGAGGAAGGGCCUGACUCCUCAGCGCUGCCACCGCUUCCAGUCAUGUGCCUACCGUAGCAACCAGUGGCGUUACCGUGGACGCUGUGACAGCAUUCAGUUUGCUGUGGACAGGCGCGUCUUCAUUGCCGGGUUCGGCCUCUACGGCUCCAGCUGCGGCUCGGCCGAAUAUCAGGCCAAGAUUGAGCUCAAGAGACAGGGAGCCACGCUGGGCCUCGCCGUCGUCAAGUAUUUCUCGGACGGCUCCAGCGGCACGUUCCCCGUGUUCUUCGAACACCCUGUGCAGGUGGAGCCUGACACGUUCUACACAGCCAGCGUGGUGCUGGAUGGCAAUGAGCUCAGCUACUUCGGCCAAGAAGGAAUGACCGAGGUGCAGUGCGGGAAGGUCACCUUCCAGUUCCAGUGCUCCUCGGACAGUACCAACGGCACCGGAGUGCAGGGGGGGCAGAUACCUGAGCUCAUAUUUUAUGCCUGAGAGACUUCUUACCUGUAAGCUCUGCAGGGUCGCGUGACAAUCCUCUAGAGGACACCAGCUUGUACAGAUAUACCUUCAUGCCAUAGUUGUGGUUACUGUGUUGUAACAACAGGCAGGGCAUUUUCACAGAACAGUUUUCCCCUUAUACAUCACUGUUCAUGCUUGUAGUGGUGUAUCAGUGGCAAAUCUGUAACUGCAGCAUCAGACCUGGAUUUCUGAUGGCUUGUUGCCAUGUUCCACUUAAACUUUACUUGGGUUAGAUUCAGAAGGUGCUGGGGGGUGUUUAAACUCACCAUGCUGAGGUAUAGAGGGGUGUUUUAACUCACCAUGCCGAGGUAUAGAGGGGUGUUUGAACUCGCCAUGCCGAGGUAUAGAGGGGUGUUUGAACUCACCAUGCCGAGGUAUAGAGGGGUGUUUGAACUCACCAUGCCGAGGUGUCGAGGGGUGUUUGGACUCACCAUGCCGAGGUGUCGAGGGGUGUUUGGACUCACCAUGCCGAGGUAUAGAGGGGUGUUUGGACUCACCAUGCCGAGGUAUAGAGGGGUGUUUGGACUCACCAUGCCGAGGUAUAGAGGGGUGUUUGAACUCACCAUGCCGAGGUAUAGAGGGGUGUUUGAACUCACCAUGCCGAGGUGUCGAGGGGUGUUUGAACUCACCAUGCCGAGGUGUCGAGGGGUGUUUGGACUCACUACACGGAGGUGUUGAGGGGUGUUUAAACUCCAUACUCAGAGGUAUAGAGGGGUGUUUAAACUCACCAUGCCGAGGUGUUGAGGGGGGUUUAAACUCACUAUGCGGAGGUAUAGAGGGGUGUUUAAACUCACCAUGCUGAGGUGUUGAGGGGUGUUAUACUGACUGGCAGCUAGCACACGUUCAGUCACACUAGAGACAUCACUAGCAUGACAAUCACCAGCGCUCCCUCAUCACCACGACCUGAGCAGACAACACUAGAUGUUGUUAUAAACCUUACAUUUUAAACGUUACACACGAUUGCCUUAUUAGUUAGUUUACCCACUGUAACACACUCCGGUACGGCCAACAAACCACAGCCACGCCUUUUACUAACACUAAACGCAAACUCUACAGCGUCCCUUUCAGUUCACAGCUUUUUUAAAAGAUGCCACCGAGGCGAAUUACAAUAAAACACAAAUGUGAGAUCGUCUGAAAGGAAAUGUUUCAAAUCUCACGUUUAUUUUUUCUGUCUAUAAGAACAUUUAAGAAUGAAGAACAGCAUCGCUAACAGAGCUAGAAAGCAUGUUUGCUAGCUAGCUUAACAAUUUUGCAUCGUUCUCAUUUGACAUACGCAGCUAAUCACUGAACCAUUUCCUCUCCAGCGAGUUUAUCUGCGCUAGUCUUUUAACGGAGGAAGGUUUCAGAGAUGAUGCUAAUCAUGCGAUAUACUAAUCACAUCUUGUUAGUGAUCGAGCUUUAGGGAUUUCCGUCUGUAUAUCAGAACUCUGCCAUAUUACCGUGCCGUUCGUUUGUGGUUUUGUGGAUUAGCUUCAGCAGCACCAGACAGGUGCUUAAAAAAAACAAUUAAAGUGCUAAAAUUCACUUGCCAAUUUCUACCGUGGCGUCUGGAGCCAUCAAGCAGCCGGACUCUGUGUCAGUUUCUGCAUCGUGCCUUGUGUUUCUGGUUCGCUAGCAAGAAAAUGGCUGACUGGUUUCUGAAAACGCAGAAUAUGAAAGCAGCUUGCAACUCGGUAAUAACACUAAACAAAAAACAAAUAAAUGAAGUAGCCGCUAGGCCGUAUUCAGUCCGAGUAAACGUUUGCCGUUAGUCAUUUUUUCGUACACAUUAGCAUACAUUCUGCUGGGUAAGUGCUUAUUUUAUGAAAUGGAUACUUGAUCAUCUUUUAUACUUGAUGUGCUAGAUGUUGUCGUGUAUCAGAUGUGUGCUGCACACACUCGCCGUCCUCACUGUAGGCUUUCUCUUGCUCAGUGAGCUUUGUUCUCCGAACAUUGUUUUAUGACAAAGAGCUCCGAUUGUUGAAAAAAAAAUAAAAGCCAGCACUUUUUCCAUUGUUUAUCGAAGGGCUUGAUGAUGUGUCGUGCUGCUCGUCACAUUGUUCCUCACUUUACUCGUGCUUUGAUAUUUUUGGACUUUUCACUGGUGAAGAAGUGACUCUUGUUACUGUAUCUAUUUUUUGGGGGUUGGGGGGGAUAUUGCCUACUGCGUCUUUAAUCACAGUGAAUACACACACAAUCUGAAAUAAACUCAGUUCACACA